AUGGAUAUUCAAGAAGGAUUUUCAUUGGCUUUAACAUCAAGAAAAAUGAGACUGAAUGUGAAGUAUUCUCGUCUUUCUGGUGGAUCCCCAAUUGCUAGAAUACAUGAUGAGUUGAGCAAUGCCGCAAGUAAUGUUAUUCUAAUUUCCACUAACGCUGAUACCGUUAGUAGCACUCAUAUCAUUAAAAACGGAACUGUUGUUGAUGCAAAAUUCCAGCAUGCCAAUAAAUGCCACGUGUUCAAAAAUGAAGUGCUCAAUGAUCUCAGUGAACUGCUCAUUGAGCUUCCAGUGAAUAACGACAAGAUUCUCGAAUCCACCAACAAAUUUUAUACGAUUAUCCCUCAUAACUUUGGAAUGAAAGUGCCGGAGCCAAUUGACAGUAUCCAUAAGGUCAAGGAGAAGAAUAACAUGUUGAAUGCACUUUUGGAUAUAAAAUUCGCUUAUGAUCAAACUUGUGGAGGAGAAAAUCCAACUAUGGGAACACUUGGAGUGGAUCCAGUGGAUACUAAUUAUCUGAAAUUGAAAUGUGCUAUGACACCUCUCGAUAAACACUGCCCAGACUACGAGAUGAUCCAUGAUUACUUGAAAAAUACUCAAGGAUCGACACAUGAAAUAAAAGUGGAUUUGAUUGAUAUUCUACAACUGAACCGAGAGAAUGAGUCGACAAAGUUUAAGGCAAAGAUCGGAAAUCGGCGUCUACUCUGGCAUGGUUCUGGACGAAUGAACUUCGCUGGAAUUCUCGGUCAAGGUCUUCGUAUCGCGCCUCCAGAAGCUCCAGUAUCUGGAUACAUGUUCGGAAAAGGAGUCUACUUUGCCGAUAUGUUCAGUAAAAGUUUCUUCUACUGCCGAGCGAAUUAUCAUGAAGAAGCGUAUCUUCUGUUGUGUGACGUGGCACUCGGAGAAAUGGUCACAAAGAUGCAGGCGACAACAAUGUCGAAGAGCACACUGCCAAAAGGAACUCAUUCGGUUAAAGGUAUCGGUCGUGAAUGUCCCGAAGAAAUAGGGGACUACCUUCAUCCAGAUGGCUACAUUAUCCCGAGAGGCAAAAAGCACUUUCAGCUGCAAGGGACCCAUCACACUGACUUCCACUUGCUAUACAAUGAGUACAUUGUGUAUGACGUGGAUCAGAUUCAAAUGAAGUAUUUGGUUCGUGUCAAAAUGCAUCAUGCUCGUCAUCGCUAG